UGGUGGGAGACAAAAAUGCUGGAGAAACUCAGCGCGUGCAGCAGCAUCUAUGGAGCGAAGGAAAUAGAACCACAGAAGUUUGAAACGCUUGUCAUCAUCAUGGCUGAAGGUGGCGAUUGGGGAGGAGAUGCAGUGACACAUACAUCAAGUAAACAGAAAGGUGGGAAAUUUACUCAAGCGGGCAAGGUCCUCAAAAUACUUUGGCAAGGCACCAAAUCAAAGAAAGAUGGCCAGAACACAGGAACAACGACAGAAAAGCAAAGUCGGAUUGAGAGCAGAACGUCAAUGGAAUGUGAAGUCGCCGAUGAGAAAAGGGAACAAUGUCAGUCCCGAGAGAGAGGAAUAGGAGACGUGGUUCACGGCCCUGGAAAUGACCCAAGUGGUGAAAUCCAGCAUGACCGAGAUUCACCAAACAAGGAAUCAUCGAGUCUCAUCCAAGGGGCAGAUCAGCAGAAUAUGGUAACACCUAUCCACACCAUGGCUGAAGUUGGAAACAGGACUACGGCUCCAGUGAUCUCAACAACAAGGACGGACACAGAUCUAAAGCCUACAUUCUCUGAACUCCUGACACAGUGGAGCGACUACCAAUUGUUCCAGCUGACAAAAUUCUAUCGGGAGAGACUGAAACAGGCGAUUGAAGAAAAGGUUGAAAUUCUCGGCUUCAUGAUGAGAUGGCAGGGAUAUUUCAGUGAGCAAGAACACGGGGUAAGUGGAAGCAACUUCUGUUUCCUGUCACAGAACUGA